AUGGCGACCAUUUCCGAGAGGCGCAAUGCUAGCGGACCGUCCAUCACGACCCACCGAAAACGAAGUGUGGCAGAAGAGCCAGUAACGUCCGUUUUGAAAGGCGGUGACAUCCCUAUCAACGACUCCGGCCAAGAAUGGACACCAGAUGAAGAAGUCCUCGCGGCGCUUGGUUACAAGCCCGAAUUCAAGCGCGAGUUUAGCUUAUGGACGACCUUCUGCGUCUCUUUCGCCGUGCUGGGCCUACUACCGUCUUUCGCGUCAACACUUUACUAUGGCAUGGGCUACGCAGGCACAGCUGGUAUGACUUGGGGUUGGCUGGUGGCAAUGGUCGGGAUUCAGAGUGUUGCCGCUUCGAUGGCUGAGCUUUGUUCGAGCAUGCCGACGUCCGGAGGACUUUACUACGCUGCCGCCGUGCUAGCACCGCCAGGUUGGGGACCUCUCGCUGCUUGGAUCACAGGCUGGAGCAAUUGGGUUGGACAGGUUACUGGAGCACCUAGUGUUGACUAUGGAACUGCGGCUAUGAUCCUCGCUGCAGCGAGUAUUCAGAACCCCAACUACUCGCCGACCAACUAUCAGACUUUCCUGUUGACGGUAUUCUUGAUGCUCAUACACUCAUGCAUGGCAAGCGCAUCAACCAAGUGGAUCGCGAGGAUCAAUAGUGCUGGCUCGACUUUCAACAUCAUUGCCCUUCUGGUAGUCAUUAUCCUCAUUCCAGCCGCAACCAAUCGUGAAGACCAGGGCCUUCCCAAGUUCACGCCGAGCAGCGAGGUUUGGGGAGAUAUAUACGCGGGGACCGACUAUCCAGCCGGUGUCGCUGUUCUUAUGAGUUUCACUGGAGUCAUCUGGACAAUGUCUGGGUACGACUCGCCUUUCCAUCUGGCAGAGGAAUGUUCAAAUGCCAACAUUGCUUCUCCGCGCGCCAUCUUUUUGACUUCCGCUGUCGGUGGUACAGCAGGGUGGUUUCUGCAACUCGUGGUUGCAUACACGGUUGUUAGCAUUCCCGACGUGCUGGACUCCGACCUUGGACAGCCAUUUGCAGCAUACCUCAUCCAGGUCUUGCCACAGAAAGCCGUGUUGGCUGUGCUCAGUCUCACCAUCAUUGCCGGAUUUGCGAUGGGACAAGGCUGCAUGAUUGCAGCUUCAAGAGUCACUUUCGCAUAUGCUCGAGACGACUGCUUCCCCUUCAGUAACAUUUGGAAGAAGGUGAACAAGACAACCCGGACCCCAGUCAAUGCGGUGUGGAUAAAUUGUGCUAUCGGCUGCGCCUUGCUUUGUCUCAUCUUUGGAGGCUCAAUCGCAAUUGGAGCGAUCUUCUCGAUUGGAGCUUGUGCCGCUUUCGUGGCAUUCACAACACCGAUCUUCAUCCGUGUCUUCUUCGUGGGUAAUCGUUUCAGGCGUGGUCCGUGGAAUCUUGGUCGAUUUUCGAUUCCUAUUGGAACGAUUGCGUCAGGUUUCGUGGCGCUCAUGGUUCCAAUCCUAUGCUUGCCAUCCACUACUGGUAGCGACUUGACGCUGGACGGCAUGAAUUGGACUGCCGUCGUCUAUGGAGGUACUAUGUUUCUUGUGAUGAUUUGGUGGGUUGUGUCGGCUAGGAAGUGGUUCAAAGGACCUAAGGUGAACUUAGAGCACCUAAUGCAUGCUGGUGAUGACCAGAUUGCUGGGAGUGCCGAAGUCAUCGAAGGCAAGACUCCGAGUGAAAGGAGCGGUAGUGGUCAUUCGCUUUCGCAAAUCCCCGGUGAGAUGCCUCCGGGAAAGCAAGUUGAGAAUUGGAAAGCUACUGGCCUGUACGUCAGGAAUGAGUGA